CCGACAGCCUGCUCCUUGACAUCUACCAUAAACUCACACUGAACCAGAGGCUUCCACCAUGACGAGGGACCAAAGUGGAACCUGGGAAAUGGAGAGUAAUGACAACUUUGAAGGCUACAUGAAGGCCCUAGAUAUUGAUUUUGCCACCCGCAAGAUCGCAAUACAUCUGACUCAGACAAAGAUCAUUGAGCAAAACGGCGAUAACUUCAAGACAAAAACAAACAGCACGUUCCGCAACUAUGAAGUGGAUUUCACCGUUGGAGUGGAGUUUGAUGAGUACACAAAGGGCCUGGACAACCGGAAGGUUAAGACGCUGAUCACCUGGGAAGGUGAUGCCCUUGUGUGCGUACAGAAGGGGGAGAAGGAGAACCGCGGCUGGAAGCAGUGGGUUGAGGGGGACAAACUGCACUUGGAGCUGAUGUGUGGUGACCAGGUGUGUCAUCAAGUGUUCAAGAAGAAGUGAUGGCCUUGGGGGGCCUGACAGGCAUGCACUCCACAUUCCCAGAGUAGGAGUUCUCUACUGGCUUUCGGAAGCAGCUGUGGGCACCCUCCCAUUCCUGGGGGGGCAUCGAGAUGGAUUUUAAACAGAAUGAGUGUGUAACAGUUGACAGACAUGUUCUUCCUUCUUUGAAACCUGGCAUUAAAUAAAAAACCAAAAAUCACUCCCAUA